AUGAUGGCAGAGUACGAGAUCAUUUCUCAAUUCACCGAGGACGCCUAUGCCAAAGAGGAUCGCAUCUGUGACCGUCCUGUUUGCAGGGCCAAGAUCAGGAAAGGUGACCCAUGUUUCUAUGUGGCUACCAUCGAGCCAGGACAACCUGGGCGUAAUGUGUGUGCCCCCUGCUACUCGCAUUACAAGAAGAACCCAGCGACCUCAGUGAGACCCACCCGCCGAACCGAGCAGCUGCGUCCAUUUGCCAGUGCACAGGGUUCAAAUAACGACCGGGUCGCUCCUGAUAUGCGUGCAAUUCAACAGUCGGUGAAUGCAGCACAACGGAAAUUAACGAUCAACCCUCCACCUGUGGUGGCAAUGCCUCGUCGCACUGCAGGGCCAGACAUCAUGAUACCUACAUCAUGGCAAGGCUCGUCAUGGCAAGGCUCAUCACAGUCAACUGGUCCACCAUGGCCUGGGCAAGGUUCAUCAAACGGUCCAAUUGGAUACUCAUCUCAACACGCACUAUAUGCUACUGAGCGUGAACGCUGGGCCAAGAUAUCUUAUGCCACACCUCCGGCAGAGACCAUCUUAAUCGAAAUUAGUGCAGUUCAUGAAGGUGGAGGUCGCAAAAAACGCGGGGUUCCCAUUGGGAAUAUAUGUGAGGGAAAGAAGGGCAUUGAUGCACAGAUUGAUGCGCCAGGGCUGAUUGAGCUCGCAUUGGACACUAUUGUGCCCAAGUUGCAGAUUUUUGGUGGUGGAUUUCUCUGGCGGGUGAAUGAGUUUAUAGUGCGAGAUUCUGCAUGGGUGGAUCUUUCCAAUCACCGACGGUCGGUUGCUUACUUCUACGAUCAAUGUCAGCAGCUGUCCCGCAAAGGCUCAAAGACAACAACAUUCAAAUCAAGACAGUUCGCACUAAUGGUCAUUGUUCCUGAGACUCAGUGGAUUGAAUAUGAGAACUGGCGGGAAGAUGCUGAAAUGAAUGCUGCUCGUAUUGGUCAACGUCCUGCUUGCAAAGUUAUCACCCCCCAAGUCCCCUCUUCAGUACAAUCCUCAGUGGACUUGGAGAGUGAGCUUGGUACAGCGCAAACCAAUGAUGGUGCCACCACCUCUGACAACGUCCGAAGCAAUAUUUUGCCUACGACCACUGUCACUACCUCCACCAAGCGAUCCCAUCAACACACUCACAGCUCUAGCAGCUUUGAUAUUCCGUCUCCUCCUCGAAAGAGAGAUGUCGCACCUGCAGCUCUCUGUUCUCCUGAUCGUGACCGACUGAAGGAAGUUUUGAGGAUUGGCGGAGGCACUAACUUAGACAUGAAGCAAGUCUUUGGGCGACAGAGUGAGAGGAUCCACUUCUACCUAGUCCCUUCUCGCCCCAUAACAGACCUCUUACUGGACAAGUACCAUUCCUUUUCCGUGGACACUGCUGAGUGGUCCAUGGGUGAGCUGAUUGUCGAUACAUCACCUCAAGGCCUGAUUGGAGUCGGAGGCUUCAAAACUGCUCACACAGGAUGGCUCACGCUGAUGGCCCCGCCAAAGAUAGGCCCCGGUUCUGUUGCGCACGAUAAGAUUGUUGUUAAACGACCCUACCAUAAGGUAUUCGCGACACCCACCACCACGACGGGACCAUACAAGAUUGCCCGUUAUUCACUCGUUGAUGAACUAUCCAGGCUCUUCAAGGAGGCCAACGUUUUGUACUGGGCGAAGUCCUUGUUAAAGCUAACCUACGACUUCAUUGAUCGUUGUGUUGCAUCUUCAUCUGAACCACCCCCAUUCCCAAUUCCACGAGUUCGUUUUGUAGAAGGUGGGCUCGCACUGGCUUAUUUUCAGGGUGAUAGAAAACCUGGAGGCAAGACUGGGUCCACACGUGCCGUCUUUCUUCUCGAAGAGUUCAUCGACAGCGAUGGAGAAGACUUCGUCAAAUUCAUUCACAAUAUGGACGCCAACCCUUUGAUUGAUUAUGACAAGUACGGCUAUGACUUGGCGGUGUUCUUUUCAUUCACGCAGCACAUACAAUAUGCCAAGACCGGUAAAUUGGCAUUUAUAUCUGAUUAUCAAGGGAGUACAACGCUGCUGACGGACCCUCAAAUCCUGACACAUCCAUCCGUCAGUGAUGGCCACCUUGAUAUUUUCGGGGAUGGAAACAUCGAGACGACUGUGAGUCAGUUUGAGAAGGAGCAUAUUUGCAACAAGUACUGCAAAUGGCCGGCAUUUGGGCUAGAGGUUUAUACGAGUGGGGAAGAAGAAGAUGAGCUAGAGGCUUGCGCAGAUGGAGAAGAUGGGCCAGAGGCUUAUGCAGAUGGUGAAGAAGAACGUGAAAAUUAG